CCUUAUGAACGUAAUGAUAAGUCUGAUUUUGGCGUAUUCGUUGAAAUGACAAAUGCUUGUCUUUAUUGUUCACUGGAUAAAUCUGUUAAAAGUUCCAUUACGGUGCCUCGUUAUAGCUGAUGAUUUUAAUUUAAAACAUUAUUUUGUUGGAAUUCAACAAAUUUGUUUUACAAACAGUAGUGUGUGAUAAUUACUUUGUAAGUGUAAACUGACAUAAUAAUUACUUGAAACGCUUUAUAUUCGUGAAUAACUAUUAAUUGUUGUAUCAAAUAAGCAGAACAGUUCCAAUAACUUAGAAAAUAGAGAAGAAAAUUUUAUAAUUCUACUACCCUCAUUAAUUAGAUUCACAAAUGAAUACAUAACUGUCGUGUGGCUUAACCACUUUGUUUUAAAUGAAUGUAACAUUUUAAUCGGACCCAACACAAGCUGCAUAAUCCAAAUUUUGACAAGUCAUUCGGUCAUACUUUGAGUAGAGAUAAAAUAAUGUAAAAUAAAAUUCUAGUUAAAUCUUGAAGAUAGUUUUGACAUUAUUAAAAUUGUUGGUGUGUUUUUUAAAAGUCAUUUUAAAAUAUAUGUAAAUAAAUUUUAGAUUUCCGACUUGCAAAUUUGAUUAUUGCCAGGGUUAAAAAUUAUUAGAAAAAUUAAUUCAAUUAUAUUUUACCAUUGUUUUCGGUAUUUUUUUUUGUUGUUGUCUAAAUGGAAUUACAAUAUAAACAUGGUUAAAAAUACAUUAUAAUGUGAAUGUAUAUCGCUUACGUUUAUGGUUUUUUUUUUGUAUAGUUUUUGUUGAAAACAUAAAUUCAGAAUGUAACUGAAUUCUUUUCAAAACCUAUCCACUUGAAGUCUGCAUUUUGAAGUACACACGCAGUUGUAAUAAAUAGGUAUGUUAAAUGUAACAAUGGUAAUGGUUACUACCAGUUUUUAAAUCAAUAAUUGUUAAAAACUGUUAACAUUUAGAGCAGACAUUAACAUGAGCAAUAUUGGGCAUAGGACAAACCAAUAUUUUAGCUGAGAGGUAAUUUUAUAUAUAAAAUUGUUUUAUAGCCCUAAAAACAUUUAUUAAAAAUAUAAUUUGUUUAAAUUACUCGUAAUAUUAGCAGGCUAUUUUGUGGUCUUCCAAUUUUUUUUGAAUGCGAUUAAUUUCUUAAAUUAGCUUCUUUUAUAAAAGAAAAAUAAAAUAUUAGAAAAUAGUACAGAAAUAAUUUAAGAAAAAAGAUAAUUUCUCCCCGCAAUUAUUACAAAUGUGUGCGUGCCUCUCACCAGGAAUGAUGGGAUAAAUUGAUUUCUAAAAAGUGUGAUAGUAUUAUAGAUUUAUAAAUAAAUACGACUCAUAAAUAAUAGUUUUAAGGUACAAUUUUAUUAUAAUUUUGCUUCCACUAAACGGCGGUGCACACAUGCGAGUUACGAUAAUCUCCAGAAAAAGAAAAAAAAAUAGCAAGCAACAAUUUUGUUAAUAGUUUUUUUUUUCUUACAUUCAAAUCGCUGCGUCUAUUUUUGAUUAGCGUGUGUGGCCUUCGUGUAAACAUUAGUUACUAGUAGUAAAUAUUAAUUCCAGUGUUGUCUCAUUUAAUUUUCUAUCAGUAUUUAUCUCUGUACUCAUAAAGAGUUUUGUAAAUAUUUACACAAUGUAAAAUAAAUAUUACUUAUAUUUUCAUAUAAAAUUGCUGUCUCAAUAUGUACUACUUAAUAUAGCGGUUCACAUAGAAUAUAUUUUUUCAUAUUUACGUGUAUGUAAAGAUACAAAUUUUGACACUUCGACUUAUGACUCUUUGCAAUAUUUAAUACAUAUUUAGCUAUUUAAUAUUGUUAUUGUAAAUAUUGACAUUAUUAUUUUUUCGAAACCGAUCGUGUUAUUUAGUGCUGUUUACGGUUUUUACGUUUUUGUGCGUUCAGUAUGAAUUUGCCCGGGAGUCUAUGAUGUGUAUGAUUUAUUUUUUCUUAAUAUUAAAAGACCAAUUAGUUUAUUAAACUUUUUUAUGUAAACAUUCAAAUAUCACGUUACAUUUUUAAAAUUUAUCUGAGCAAAUUCAUACAAAUUAAUAAAUGAAACGAUUAAUUUUAAUUUAGACAACUAGUUUUAUAUAUCAUUAUUAUUUUUUUUUUCUUAUUAGACGAGCUUAAAAUUGGCACAAAAUAAAAAAAAAAUCUUUUACUCCGCUAUUUUUCUAAUGAAACUUCUUAUUGAAAGAACAAUAAUUUUGUAAGAUCACAUUAUGCUUAUUUACUUACCUAUAUAUACAUAUUUUAACAUGCUUAGCGAAUACCUGACUGAUUUUUAGAUUAUAGUUCAUCUAGUCUUAAUAAAUCUUUGUUUUACUAACAAUUCGUUUAUAGAUAAUCCGUAAAUUGUAAUAACUGUAAUUUUUAAUAUUACAUUUGUAAUAAAAUAGUACGUAGAUAUUACCCACUGACUUUUAGAUAAUUACAAGUAAUUACAUAUCCACCAGAUUACUAGUCAAUAUGACUUGUAUCAUAAAAAUCUUUGAGCUAUUUGAUUACAAUUUUUAGAUUUUUACGAUACAAGUUUGCAAGUUAGUAGCUUGUAAUCUUUAGACUUUAUGCACUUAUCGACUAUAUUAUCAGUUGAUGUAGUGUAAUUUUUUAAUACGUUAAGAAUAAACGUUCCACAUAGGCUUUUAUUUUUAUUAUGAAAUACAAAAAAAAAAAAACAUUAAAUCAAUAAUAUCGAUAAGUGUGUACUAGUCUUUACAGUAAUACCUAUAUAACCAGUUGUAUAAAUAUGAUCCAAUAAUAAACAAAAAUAUAUUGGCAUUUUUUUUUUAUUUCAAUUAUUGAAUUUUGCUUUUUUCUAUUGAAAAUUGUCAGUGAAAAGUUUGAAUCGUUUUGACUUUUGUCUAAAAAGACAGAAAAUAAUUCUACAUACUUGAAUAUUUUAGUAGGGCGAAGUAAAUUUAGUAUUUUUUUUUUAAUAUUUCAAAAAAAGAAUCACUACCCGCCAUGUCAGAGUGAAUAACGUAGCAUGUUAGGUUUCACUCGUCUCCUACGAACACUGCACUUACUACUAGGUAGAAAGUCAUAUUUUGCAAAAAUGAAUUCUGUUCUCCAUCUAUAAAUACUAUUUUUCUUAAUUUUGUUUUUCUUCGUUUUGUAAAUAUAAAAACAUUUCAAUGAUAGCAUUGUUAUUACAUAACCGUAAUAUAUGUUAGGGGCCUUUAUGUCUCGCCAGCGCCUGUUUCGGGAUUUUACAACGCUUUAUGGUAACCAUAGAGUUCAAAAUUGUCUACACCGAUAACCUCUUUUGUUUCUGUAAUGGGCGCAUACUAUAUUUUCUUUUGGUCAAUAAUUAUUAAUAAUUAAAAAAAUAUUUUGAACUAGUAACCCGCCACAGCUUCGUACACCUGGAUAGGUAGAAGAUUUUUUAUUCAAAAAAUACAGUUCAUGUUACUAGCUGAUGUUGUAGUGUCUUUAUAGAUAAAAGAAUGUUUAAAAUCGGUUUAAAAUUUUUUGAGUUCAUCCAUUACAAACAAAAAAUGAAAUCUUUAUAAUAAUUUCUCUUUAUAAUACCAUAGUAUCAUAAAAUGAUAAAAAUAUUGAAUUUUAGUUUCGUGUUUCUCAACCAUCUUAUUUUUAAUUUAAGAAUUUAUUCAAUAAAUUUUCGAAUGACCAACAAAUGCAGUUUCUAUUUUUAUAAUAUUUACAACUUGUAGCAAUCAGUUACUUGCAAAUUGUUAUACAAACAUUAAGCUUCGCCCGCAGUUUCAAUCUUACAGUAUUGCUAUUUAAUUUCCAUAUUUUAUAUAUAUAUAUAUAUAUAUAUAUAUAUAUAUAUAUAUAUAUAUAUAUAUAUAUAUAUAUAUAUAUUUAAAAUUAUUAUUUACAUUAUAAUAUAUUUAAAAAAUAGUCUUGUCUUAUAAUUGGAACCUAAAAGACACAUCAUAAGAAUUCAUUAUUUUACAAUGUUUUUUUAAUAUAAAUCAUUACGUCCGUCGUCUACAUUUUCCAUUAUGUACUGAGUUUUAAGUUAUUACCUAUAAUAAUAAACUAAACCAUUAUAAAAUAUAAAAUACUUAUUUUAGUACCAAAAUUACAUUACAUUAUUCCCACCAUUAUUGACAUUCUAAGUCAUAAGUUCGAGUAUUCUACAUCACGUUAGCAUAAUUAGUUCCAAAAUUAAAUUUCAAUUAAAUGAAAUCUCAUGGGAAAUUUUACAUUCAUAACUAAUACUUUCCAUUAAUAUCAGAAAUAAAUUAAUGUAAAAGAUUAAUGAAAGAAACUUUUCAUUGACAUGAAUAAAAAUGUAAAUUAAUUAAGUUUAAAAGAACAUAUAUUCUUAAAGCAAAUAGGCUGAUAAAUAAUUCCGCAAAGUGUAUCAUAGUUAAAUUUAUGGUUAAUUUUACUAAUUUAUAGCAAGACGUGAUGGAUCUUAUAGUUUUGUAAAAUAAAUUGUCUUUUUAAAACACUUUCUUAAAGAUAGUAAAAUAUUUACUUUAAUGUUUAAAUUAUUUAUUACAAUUAAAAUAGAAUUAAAAUAUAAUAAUAAAAUUUUAUUAUUUCAUCUCACAAAAUUUUUCGCAAUAAUAUUAAUACGCCAAAAAAUAUUUUACCAUUUCAGUUCUUUAGAGGUAUAUAUUAUUAAAAUGCACAUAUAUAAAAUAAUAUGUAUUUUAAUAAAAUAUAUGCUUUUGUUUAAAUAUAAUAAAAAUAUUGUUCAACCACUUCGUAGUGGCGUGUUUUGUGUUUAAUUACUAUUGUAAUAUUCAGUCGCAGUAAAAAUGUAAAGGAACUAAAUACGAAAAAUAUAUUAAAUAUUAAUAUUGUUCAUAUUAUAAAAAUACUAAUUUAUUUUAAUUAAAUAUAUCGUUACAGACUUUGUGAAUGACUAUACGAGUAUUCCAUGUUUUAUUUCCAAAUACAGAACUAUAACAAUGUAUUAAAUGUAAGACACUACGUUACAUAAUUUUAAUUAGUAAAUUGAAUUCAUUCUUUUAAUUUUUUAUUUAAUUUACUAUAAUUACAUUUUGGAAUGAGUUGGCUAAUAUGAAUCCGUAUGAUCCGAAGCAAAGUUGUCGCCUUAUUUUUAAGAGAGCUACUAAUAAAUUCAAAUCUGAUUUAUAGAAAAUCAUAUUAACGGACAAUAUACAGUUGAAAUUAUGGCUGCAUCAUAGAUUUUCAUUAAUUUUUACUAGUGUUAGUCGGUGCCUACGUUAUUAUCUGGAAUGAUCGAACGUUGACUUUUAAGAGACAGGCAAUAAGGUUGAUGUCAGAAGUUGUGAAUAAAAUUGAUGAAAUUUUAAAUGUAAACUUAUUCAAAUUGAUGAAAUUUUGUGAUUGAAAUUGAUGAAAUUUUAAAUGUAAACUUAUUUAAAAUUUGAGUUACACUUAUUUAAUUAAAAUUAUGAAACUUAACAAAAACUAAACUUAAUCUUCUGAUAUGUAUCCGUUAUAUAUUUUUGUUACUAUUUCCAUAAUUAUGUUGAAAUGUUUUGGCGGAUUAUAUUGUUUUAUAAUUUCAAUUUUUUGUAUAUAUUUGGUACAAAUGUUAAACUACAAUAAAAAAAUAAAAAAACAUUUGUGAAUAUUUGGUAAUUAUCCAAUAUUACUUUGUACAUUGAAAUAUUAUUUUUCUUUUAUUUUUAUAAUUUCUUUAGUUCACAAUCAGAUGUUAUAUAAUUUGAAAAGCUCGAAUGUUAUUAAAUAUGAUUUAAUAUUUCGCUUGAAUUAUGUCUUCGGAAUGUUUUGGGGAGGCUAUAUUGUUUUACGCUUUAGUAAAUAUGUUGCAAAAUAUAUUUAAGUAAGUAAAAUUUAUUACGUUUUCUUUUUUCUGAAUAUCCAUUAAAUAAAUUCUCCAAAUAAAGUAUAAAGAAGGUCGAUUCUAUAGAUUUGACUGUACCGAAUACACAAACGUGAAAAAGUUUUUAGAGCAAAAAAAUUUUAGGUUACCACUUAUUAUCUGCUUAAAGGUAACUGGUAGGGUACCGUCGCCUAUCUAUCUAUAUAUUAUCAACAAUUUAUAAAAUACACAGUAAGCAUACGGUCUACAAUACAACUCAAACCGAAGCAAUCAGUAAUGCAAAUAGAAUUGUAGAAAUACGAGUGAGAGAAAGAUACAGGCGACUUUGUAAAAUCUCCCUUUGAUAAAAAAUUUUUAUUAUGUAUUAAAGAAAAAAAAAAACUAUACAUAAUAAACCACAGAUAUACACUAAAACUCAAUCAUGUAUCAAUAAUCCUUAAAAAUAUUAGUUCAAACAAUCUAUUAUAAUCUUCUAAUCCAAUCUAUUUUAAAAUAAAUAUAAUAAAAAGAUAAUAACUUGAAAAGUUUCAGUUAUUAAUUUUUUAUAGUUUUAUUCAAACAUUUUCUUAUAUAAUUUUUAAUUAAAAACACUACUAAUCAUUUGAUCAUUUAUUAUCGUCAUCGACUCUACGUUGUAAUAAUUUUCCAGUCGUUAUUGAUUUCUUGAAGUAUGGUUAACUUUUCUGAACCAUUUUAUAUAUACUUUAUUAUGAUUCAGAUAAAUACUAUUUUUUCACAAUUUCUCAAUCAUGUAGACUUACAAAAAGUGGGCGAAGUUGCACUUAACAAAGAUAAAUUUAAUGUUUUAAAACCAACACUACACGUAGUUUCCGAUUAUUUCAAGGAUUUUAUGAUGAGGAGUGAAAAUGAACAUUUUCCAUCUAAAAGAGUUUUCAUUGAUAAGAACGGGUUCAGACAUUUUUGGAGCGUACUUGGUGAUAAUGAUAAAAGCCACAGAAAGACUGAUACUAAGGAGAAUUUGAUAAAUUACAAUACUAAAGCAACGAAUAAUGAUGUAGGGAAAACUGCCAACAAAACAGAUAUAACAAAUAAUUCAAAUGUUAAGAAAAAACCUAAAAGAAAAAAGGAAGUAAAUGAUGAUGACGAUAAAUUGCUCAGACAAAGUACUAGUAAUAAAACAGUUGCUAAGACUUCAUUCUUUUGUCCUUUCUUUGGAAUUAUAACAAUGACUGCAUUUGUAGAUUAAUUAUAUUAGUUAAAUAUUAAAAAUGUGGUUUAUA